AUGAUCACAGCACCUGUGCAGCGGGUGAAGACCAGGUUCCCGCUCUGCCGACAGCAGCAGCACCUGUGCAGCGGGCGAAGACCGGGUUCCCGCUGUGCCGGCAGCAGCACCUGUGCAGCAGGUGAAGACCAGGUUCCCGCUGUGCCGACAGCAGCAGCAGCACCUGUGCGGUGGGUGAAGACCAGGUUCCCGCUGUGCCGACAGCAGCAGCACCUGUGCAGCGGGCGAAGACCGGGUUCCCGCUGUGCCGACAGCAGCAGCCGCACCUGUGCAGCGGGCGAAGACCAGGUUCCCGCUGUGCCGGCAGCAGCACCUGUGCAGCGGGCGAAGACCAGGUUCCCGCUGUGCCGACGGCAGCAGCCGCACCUGUGCAGCGGGCGAAGACCGGGUUCCCGCUGUGCCGACAGCAGCAGCCGCACCUGUGCAGCGGGCGAAGACCAGGUUCCCGCUGUGCCGGCAGCAGCACCUGUGCAGCGGGCGAAGACCAGGUUCCCGCUGUGCCGACGGCAGCAGCCGCAGGGAUUGCGUGUCAAUCUGCCUCCUGAUGUCCAGUCGCAAUAUCCGGUGAUGCGACUUUGGGCGGGACUUCCGGCUGGGGACAGGCGGGGUUUCUCGGUGCCGUUGCUGAGCUCUUUGGGCGUUGCUUUCUUCAGUCUGGGCAUCUACAUCCGGUCACAUGAAAUCACAAACCCUGAUGUGCCUCAGGUCUGGAAUACAGUCCUUCAGUCUCUCAGUAAACUGAAAUUCUGUCCAGCUAAAAAUGAAAGCUUGGAAGCUCUACCUGCCCUUGUUGGGCAUGGUUCUAUAAGGAGGCGACCAGACCCAGAUCCAUUAGCUUAUACCACAACAUGGCAACCUUCAACCACUGUUGUUUCUACACCGGGUGUACCAGUUAGUGUGUCUCUGCUGGUACCAAUGAGCUUUGAAUUAAAGGAACCAUUCAAAAGAUUUUAUAGCAACAUAACUCAUCUCAGGGCUGUGGUAACUGGAAAUCUGCUGGGGCUAGGAGGUUCUGAAGCAAAGGAAUUGAUUAACAUCAUGCUUAUGUCACCAUGGUUACCUGAACAUUACCUUUCACAAGUAAAUUCCACAAAUACCAAGAGUCUCCUUACCUGCAUCACAAUGACUGCAGCUGCACAUGUCCUGACCCAAGCAAGAUAUUUUCCUUCCUGUAGCUUGGAGAAUCUCACUGAUGCAUCUUUGUACCAGACCACAUUGGCGGAGAACUCAGAGAAAGCAUUUUCACAAGGUCACACUUCUGUUCAGUGCUAUGUGGCACAGUACAAACCUGAACCUAAGUUUACCGUUCUGCUGUCAGAGAAAGACCGUAUUCUUUGCAGUCAGCACUUACUGAACACCAGUUAUAUUCUAAUUCUACUGGCUCUCGUUAUCUUCUGGGUAUCUGUGGCAGCUGGGCUGAGAAAGAAGCUGAGACACAAAGCAACAAACCUACAUAAGGUCCAUCUUCUGGAAAUGUGAAAUUAGACCUGACUCUUGUCAAGAGAAAUAAAUGGAAUCUAUUAGGAAAUGGGAGAAUUUUUCAGCUUGGUAUCUUUUGUGAGUUUCUCCAAAGGGAAAUAUAUAUAAUGAUGAGGAAAAUUUCACAUUAAAUUUGUGCUGUUCCCUUGAAAAGAAUUAUUUUUGGAGCUAAUGGUAUUUGCCUUUAACAAAUGAUAUUUAUUUCUUGUGGCAUAAUUGUUCUCUAACAAUAGGUGGAAUUUUUGAACUCUGUUCAACCUGCCAGCCAACCGCCACCACCACCACUGCAUCCCACGUGCAACCAAUUGUAAGACUUAACAAAGGUUUUCUUAAAACUUCACUGUAAUAACUUACCAUUUACUUUGAAAGUGUUCAACAAUUUUCUGUUCACUAUUUUAUAAAAGGGUAGUGUCAUUGGGGUCAUGGUUUAAUCACUUGUUCAUUUGUUAACUUGGUCUGUGGGUUUGAAUGUAAGUAUUAUUAUAAGAACAUUGUUGUCCAGAAUACUGAGGGGGUCUGUUUUGAAUUCUAAGGAAUAGAUCAGAUAAUUAUUAUCUGUAAUUUGUAUAUGCCACAUGUCUGCCAAAAUAUUCAUGGACAUCAGCCUCAGGCAAGAUUGUCCUGAUUGGUGAAUAAACAUAAUGAAAUAAUA